AUGUUCCGCCCCGCGUGGCAUGUUCCGCCCCGCGUGCCUCCUGGCCGCCGCGACCCUCGCGCUCUAACGGUGCGCGCGGCUUCGUGGCCCCCGCGCAGCCCGCGGCCGCCCCGGGCGCCGCUCGCGGCCCCGCCGGCCGCCCGCGGCCUCGCCGGCGAGGAGGCCGCGGGCGGCCCCGGGCGGCAGCGCCGCUUGGAGCCCGCUGGCCAUCGGGGCCGCCCUCGGGCCCACCAUGAUGGUCGCCGUGAUGGGCGGACGGCCGGCGCUGGCGGCGGACCUCGAGAACGGCGAAAGCGUCUUCCUGGGCAACUGCGCGGCGUGCCACGCGGGCGGGAAAGCAGCGUGGUGGCCGAGAAGACCCUGAGGAAGGCGGCCAUCGAGCAGUACUUGACCGGCGGCUACAACGCGGCGGCCAUCAAGACUCAGGUGACGAACGGCAAGGGCUCCAUGCCGGCCUUCGGCGACAAGCUUGGCCCCGACGACAUCGACGACGUGGCGGCUUACGUCCUCGACCAGUCCACCAAGUGGUGA